GUUGACAACAAUGACAUGAAAUUCAUUCGGCACCGAAAUGCCUGACGCAGAGAUGGUCUUUGGAGGUGAUCGCUUGUACACCUAAUCUUUUCAGUUAUGAGUAGAUGCAGUUGCCUUUCAAGACAAAACAGGACAAACGUUUAUUGAGGGCGCUAACCUCAGUAUUCCCCACACUCUCAGGAUGUUCAUUGGUAGACUACUGCCUUGGUUAGCGGUCUGCUGUGGGCUGGCAGUUUCCGAGCAACAAAAGGGAAAUGACACACGGGAGCGAGAGGAAACCACAGCAGUAACCCACCCCCUGCUGCUGGUGUCGUUCGACGGUUUCCGCGCCGACUACCUGAAGCAGUACCCCUUCCCUCACCUGCAGAAGUUCUUCUCUGACGGCGUGCACGUGGAGCAGCUCACCAACGUUUUCACCACCAAGACCUUCCCCAACCACUACAGCCUGGUGACGGGGCUGUACGCCGAGAGCCACGGCAUCCUGGCCAGCCGCAUGUACGACCCCCACACCAACAAGACCUUCACUGUGGGCAACCGCGACCCGUCCUGGUGGGACGAGGCCACCCCCAUCUGGCUGUCAGUGCAGAAAGCGGGCUACAAGUCGGCCGCCGCCAUGUGGCCCGGCUCAGACCUGAGGAUCCACAACAGCACCGCCACACACUCCCUAGACUACGACUCCCGAGUGACCUUCAGGGAGAGGCUGGGGAAGCUGACCAGCUGGAUGAAGGACGAUCCGACGGUGAGGUUCGCCGCCUUGUACUGGGAGGAACCCGACCGGACGGGCCACCUCUACGGACCAGACAACUCGGCAGAGAUGGGCAAGGCCUUGAAGGAAGUGGACGACAACGUAGGGCUACUGAUGGAGCAGUUGCAACAGGCCGGGCUGUGGGGCCGCGUCAACAUCAUCCUGACCAGCGACCACGGCAUGGCCCAGUGCUCCCCGGACCGGCUCAUCAGGCUGGACGCCUGCGUCAGCCGCACGGAGUACAUGGUGGUGGACCUCACCCCCGUGGCGGCCAUCAUCCCACACAACAACACAGAUGCUCCCAGAGUCUACGGCCUACUGAAGAAGUGCCAUCAGCAUAUGAAGGCUUACAUGAAAGCGGACAUCCCAGACUGGCUGCACUACAAGCACAAUGACCGGAUUCAGCCCAUCAUCCUAGUGGCCGACGAGGGCUGGACCAUCGUACAGAACGGCUCUCUCCCUCGACUGGGUGACCAUGGUUACGACAAUUCCCUACCCAGCAUGCACCCCUUGCUGGCGGCCCACGGCCCCGCUUUCAGGCAGGGCCACCACCUGUCCGGCUUCAACAGCGUGGACAUCUACCCCCUCAUGUGCCACCUGCUGGGCAUCCCAGCGCUGCCCAACAACGGCAGCUUCGUCAAGGUGCGCUGCAUGCUGACCAGCGAGACCUGUGCGGACAUAGCGGUGACGGUGGGCAUCGUGAUGGGAGCGCUCAUCGUGCUGACCACCCUCACCUGCCUCUUCAGGCUCAUGAAGGGCCGUGGCCCGUCCCCCGCAAGGCCCUUCGCCCGCCUGGAGCUGCAGGACGAUGACGACGAUGACCCCCUACUGGACUGAGGAGCACAUAGCUUUUGAACACUAGAUGUCGUGUUAAAGGUGCACUGUGUAAAAUGUUCUGUAGGUUCUUUCCAGAAUUCAUGUUGCCCAUUCACAAAUGUUACUUUUUUCGUCGAUACUUGCCACCACCAUCAAAUUCUAAGUAUUAAUUAUGACUAGGAAAAUGGCACUUUUCAUACUGUACAUGAAAAGGUGGAUCUUCUCCAUUGCCAGCCAUCUUGAUUUUCCAGAAAUAGACAUUCUUAGCUGCAAAACCUACUGUGCUUUGGUCAUACUACUGUAGUAAAUAUUAGUUCAUUAUGCAAUUAUUAUUCACGAAAAGACUCAAUUUUACAAGACGGCACAGUAUCAAUGAACAGCUCAGUUAUAAUACCUACUCUUACUACCCAUCCUACACAGUGCACCUUUAAGGCUUUUGGCGUGGCCCAACCAUGGGUGCCGCCGUCUUAGGCGCUGUUUACACAUCGCUUGCUAUUCAGUUUGUGUGGAAACGAAAGGUACAAAGGGAAGGGAAAGAUCUUCAUUUUUGAAAAUACGCAGGUACGGUAUGUGUAAACAGUGUGCUAGCCUGGUGCCCUAGGUUUUUCCUAUUGUUGAAUUACUGUCACCUACAUGAUAAUUGCCUUGUCACCGAUAGAUGGUAGCAUCAUACUGACUGAAUAUGGCGCCGAUCUUACUUGAGCCAUUCGUUGCAAUACAAAGGAGUGGUCAGUGCGACAUGUAGUGUUCAUAUCGAUGUGAAGAGCAGAGGUGUUCGUCCCCAGUUCAGAAAGUUAAAAUGGCGAUCUGGAGGAUGACUAAGACCCCAAUGACUACAACGAUGACCCCCCUACUGGACUGAGUAGUGUUUUGGAUACAAACCAAUCAGUCAUCCAACUAGUUCUGAAUCAGCCGAGUCAAAGGAGUAUUCAAGACACAGAAGAAUAUAAUGCAAAGGUGUAUUGAUGUCAUGUCAGUGCAUUCCGCGUUGAGGUGCAACACCUUUGCAAGUUAAGUUGUGCUCCUCAAUGCCGCGGGAAACCACUUUUGUCACAUGAACAGGUUUGCAUAGUUUUCCCACCGUGUCUGUGAAUUUCUGUUGCUAAACACAAAAGUAUUCUGCUGUGUUCUGACCAAAACCAUACCUAACCCUAAGCUCUCAUUGAAGCAACGUUUCUGCCGCUUUACAUUCGCCAAGAACAGCGAAAAAAAGGGAAAUGGCAAAAUUGUGCCCUGACCAUAACCAUGCCUAAACCUAACCUGUCACAGGACAUUGUGGAGCACCAGUUAACAUGCAAAGUCAUGAUGCGCAAUAGAUGGUUCAAGUUGCCGUGUUAUCUUUAACUGUGGCAGGAUUUUCACUUUCUGAACUUUGGUUUUGGACACAGCCGCUGAGGAACUGUUAGGUUUUAUAAAUUAGAGACUGAUGUGUCCCACACAUCUAUAUAUCUAUCUAGACAUUGUGUAUGGCAAGGCCUUAGGGUCGAUGUUAUUGUCACCAUGACCAUGGCCAGUCACUGGGAAAAACAAAUAAGAUUCUAAUACAACCAGGUGACUUCAUUUGCAGCACAAUGCAGAUUUGUGUAAUAACCGUACGUUGCACAAACCUGAUAGAACAUGUGGGUAUAAUAUUCAGUUGUCACUCCUAGAUUUACUUGGUGUUGACAAUACGUUGUUGUGUUUCGUGAGCAAUACCGGAAGUCUGUAUAGACUGAUCUUUUACCUGAAUUCUUUAUAUACUGUAUGAAAAUGACCACAUGGAGUAAAGGGAGUUGGAGCUGUGUUUCUUUUCAUAGAAACAGAGGUUCACACAUUUUUAGAGCGCUCACCGACAUGUAGAUUGUGUAAAAAAAAUAAAAAUGUUCAGGUCCUUAAAUUGCUUCUAAACUGUGCGCUGAGUUGAAGUGCGAGUCAUGCUGCUAAAAACUGCAUUGCAAAUGCAUAGUGUGCAUAGGGUAGCUUUUCAUAUUUGAGUUUCAGGUCUCUGGGGGAAGGUUAAAAAAACAAACAAAAAAAAUCGUUUAUGCGGCUGAGCCAUCCUCUUGCACUUUGAUUUUUUUUUUUUCUGAGGCUGUGGUUCAGCUGCUGUCUAUUGAAACAGGAAUAUCCAAAAAUGAGAUUUUGUGCUCUAAGAGAUUUAAAUAAUAGCUUUAAAUGGUUGGUUCCUUGUAGACGCUGGGAAUACUUGAAAUCAUUUUAAGGCCAGACUUGUACAAGUAAUUGACAUAUUGGUACAAAUGUGACGAUGCUGGUACAAAAAAUCAGUAGAAGGGAUAACAACAGACACUGUUAAAAAAUCUUUAGGGCUUGAACUGUUUAUUUUUUAAAAAUGUAGAAUAUUAUUUAAAUAUAUUCCAGUUGAUCUUUUUGUUGGAAAUGAAAAAGACAUUUAUUUGUGAUUUUGAGGUCUCACUCGUGCUUGUCUAUACUCAAGGUCAAUGGUUCACUUUUUUCCCACUUUUUUUGACAAAAAAAUCUGGAAUUGAAAUACCACACAUCAUGGAAAGGCCAGGCCAACAGAUGUGUGGCCUUUAAAAUAAUAUACUUGUAGUGAUUUGCUUGUGAGCAUUUAUCUUGUAAUUUCCGGCAUGCAAAAACACUUUUCUCUGCACCUGUUGGCAUGACUUCUUUGUUCUUUUUUUCGUUUUUGAGGAAAUGUUUAUUUUUCCUUUUUUCAGUUUGUAUUCUUGUAUCAUCCAGAGACAUUCCGAUAUUUCUUGAUAUGUAGCGAUGUUACACCAUGUUUCCUCAAGUCUGUGUAUUGGUUUUGUUCAAAUCUGCUGUUAAAGUAUGUGUGUCUGCACAA